GAUCGAGAGCGCAGUGAGCAAGAGCAGCAGGGGGCCCACGAUGCCCUGGUCGAGGCAAGCCGACUGGCGGCUGAUCGCUUAGCGAUGCAGGAGCAGCAGCAGAAGGUGCUCGCAAGUCAAGCUAUGCUCAAGGAAAACCAGGAGCUUCUCGCUCAGAAGGAGCUGCGGCAGGAGGCAGCCCAGGAGUUUGAGAAGGACAAGGCUUUGGUCGAGGAUGUCGUGGCGAAGAUCAUGGAGGAGGACUUGCGGGACUUGGCAGCCAG